CGAUAUCCCAACCCAAAAUCACCGUCUUCGCCGUGAACACACCAAAAUACAAAGGGCCGCGCGAGCAAUACGACCCUUCGCGCGCACCCCUUCAGCCGCUGAAAUUCGCCCGUUAUCUCCGCGCCACACGAACCGCGGCGUGCGAUGAUGCUGCAUUGGGAUGCUGGCACAAGGAAAAGUGCCGAAGACAAUUUGGUAUCGCUACGUUAAGAUUGCGGACGAUGUCGACAUGUUCAAAACACACUAGAUCUCUCACAAUGGACGGGGUUAAGAUGUUAAACCCUAGAUGGCGUCUUCGGGCUCCGAUAACUAACAUCGUGUCGACUACAUAUAUCCAGACCGUGCCGCAACCGACAAGCCCCACAAUCACCACACGCGCGACAAGCUAUUCGAACCGGCAAAAGGAAGCUGAGUAUUUCACCUGCGAAUAGGUAGGUAGUCAACAUGGGCAACCAAGUCUCCCAGAUGUUCCCGCCCACGCCGGCAUUCACCGAGUCCGCGCUGCCAGCGGGCUCGCUGAAGGACAAAGUCUUCAUCGUGACCGGCGCAUCGACAGGCGUGGGGAAAGAGCUGGCUCGACUCCUGUACUCACUGCACGGCACCGUGUACAUCGCGGCGCGCUCCAAGGAACGCUCCGAUGCCGCCAUGGCGUGGAUCCGCGAGGCGCACCCGGACUCGAAAGGGCGGCUGGAGUUUGUCUAUGUCGAGCUCGCAGACCUGGAGAGCAUCAAGCCCGCCGCGGAGGAGUUCCUCGCCAAGGAGAAGAGACUCGACAUCCUCUUCAACAACGCCGGCGUCAUGGUGCCGCCGCAGGGAAGCAAGACGAAGCAGGGCUACGAACUGCAGCUCGGCACCAACUGCCUGGGCCACUACGCCUUCACCAAGCUGCUCACGCCGCUGCUGGUUCAGACCGCAAAGGUCAGCGAAGCAGGCAGCGUGCGCGUGGUGUGGGUGUCGUCGAGCGCAGUGGUGAGCGCGCCCAAGGGCGGCGUGAACAUGGACAACUUGGACUACCGCAAGGACAAGCUCGCGGUGCACAAGUACGGCGUCAGCAAAGCGGGCAACGUGCUCCACGCGCUCGCGUUCCGCAACUUGCACGAGAAGGACGGCGUGCUCAGCGUCAGCUUGAAUCCGGGCAAUCUGAGCUCGGAGCUCACGAGGCACGCGGGCUUGCUGGGUGCCAUCGUCGUCAAGCUCAUCACCUAUCCCCCCGUGAACGGCGCGUAUACGGAGCUCUUCGCUGGCUUAGCGCCCGAGGUCAAGGCGUUGAAGCGGAAUGAGUGGGUGAUUCCGUUUGGCCGCAUAACGGCGUUGAGGGCGGAUCUUGCGGAAGCAGGAGAGGAAGGGGGGAAGGCGCAAAAGUUCUGGGACUGGAGUGAUGAACAGGUUGCCAAGUAUCUGUGAGAGUCGCUGCGUCGCAGGUGUUUUCCAUUCAUCAGUUCAAUGCGGGGGUGUACGAUAGCGCAGAGGUCUACGUCUUCGUCGGUCUGCAAUUCCUUUCGUGGUCAUUAUCGAGUGCCAGCAAUACCCUGAUGCGACGAGGCUGUUCCUCAGCUACGCAAUUUUGGGUCUACAGCGUUGUGCAUCUAUUCACUGCUCACUGUGAUUGUAUGGCAACUCAUUUUAGAAGCAAUUCCUUUAUGUAGCAGGCGCUAAUUAUCACGGGCUUGCGUUUCUGAC